AUGGGCAUAAGCUCACAACAAGUCAGUGAUGCAGUGCAGAGAGCCACUGGACCUAGGAGAUUGCCUUGUAGCGUACUUCCAAACGCAACCAACAAUUUUGCUGCUGAGGGGAAACUUGGACAAGGAGGAUUUGGGGAGGUUUACGUGGGAGUAUUGCUUGACCCAAAGCUUGAAGUGGCCAUUAAAAAGAUCUCGAGAGAGUCUCAGCAAGGGAGGAAGGAGUAUAUAUCUGAAAUCACGAUUAUCGGCCAAAUAAGGCAUCGCAAUCUUGUCCAGCUUAUUGGUUAUUGUCAUAAAAAGGAUGACUUAUUGCUUGUUUAUGAGUAUAUGCCGAACAGAAGCCUUGAUUACCAUCUAUACAACAAGGAUAGAUUGCUUGCAUGGCCGGAGAGGUACAAGAUAGCUUCGGGGCUGGCCUCAGCAUUGCUUUACCUUCAUGAAGAGGGGGAGCAAUGUGUUAUCGACAGAGAUGUGAAGCCAAGCAAUGUGAUGUUGGAUUCAGAGUUCAAUUCUAAGCUUGGUGACUUUGGAUUGGCAAGGCUCGUCGAUCACGACUGCGACCCACUACCAACUGUUCUGAUGGGGAUAAGAGGAUAUAUGGUGAAAGAAAAGGGUCCUACAAACCAAUCAGAGUUGCUUUGCAUCUGCGCCUGCAUUAGCAAUGGCACCAACGUUUAUGGCAAGAAAGUGAGCUGCAUGUCCAAUAUCUUGGUAAAGAAUGCCUCAGGGUUUUCAUUGCGGCCACCACAACAUGAUGGUGGCUGGGAUAGUGGAGACCUCACGUCAUUGCAGUAG